AGGCUUGCCAGUAACUUGGGACGAAACACUGCUUGUAUGACGAAUUAUAGAUUGGUAACGUUGCAAGCGAUGGCCAUUCGCGCCCGAGAAGCCCCUCUCACUGGACCAAACGCCUUUGUGAUUGCUUGUUUCUUGGCUAUUGCGAUGUACAAUUUCAUCGAACUCAACUACAGUAUCUUGAUCACCUUCAAGAGAUGGGGUGGGCUGUAUUUCUGGAGCUUUGUCGCCGCCACAUGGGGUAUAUUGCCAUACACUAUCGGUUUCAUCCUCAAGGACUUUCGGCCGGAGACCAAUCCGUACAUAUACGUCACACUGAUAGUCGUGGGAUGGUGGCCGAUGGUAACGGGGAAGUCUAUGGUCCUAUACUCGCGACUACACCUUGUCCUGCGGCAUCCGAGGAUUCUUCGGGCUGUUCUUAUUGCAAUCUAUGUCGACGCGGUUAUUUGUUACGUACCGACGACCAUUCUGGUUUACGGCUCUAAUUCAUCUAACCCAGGCCCUUUCGUUAACCCAUAUUCAAUAUGGGAAAAGGUCCAAGUGACAAUCUUCUUCCUUCAAGAAUUGGUCAUAUCGGGCCUUUAUAUUCUCGCAACAACAAAGUUACUGCGAGUCACCGCUAUCACCGGACGCGAUGGGCAUAGGGACGUGAUGCGACAUCUGAUUGGCGUGAGCAUUUUGGUUGUUAUCCUCGACAUAACCAUCCUUGCAUUGGAGUAUGCCAAUCUCUACAGCCUCCAGACCAGCUACAAAGCUUUUGCAUAUAGCGUCAAACUCAAGCUGGAGUUCAGUAUCCUGAACCGUUUGGUCGCUGUUAUGCAAGGACGGAGAGGUAGCUCUUCCACCGGAGCCGCGAGAGCCAGUUCUUCUACCGGAGUUCCGAGUUCAAGUACAUGACAUGAAUUUCUAUUGUAAUAACUGGUGACUCAGUACGGGGGCGAUUCGAAUCUUGGAAGAGAUUAACAUAUACUGACUCAAACUAGACACUAAAUCUAUAAUAAAACUUAUAAGUAUAAAAUAUAUAUAUAUAUUAGGGUCUCUAAGUUUAUUUUACUUAUAUAUUAAUAAGUUUUUAUUCCUUAUUAUUUAGCAAGUUAUUAAUCUUGCUAUUGGCUAUAAGUAUUAUAGCUAAUUAGAUUUUAACAGUUAGUAUAUCUAUCCAUUUUCAGAAGCCUAGAGCUAGUAACUUAUAAAGAGCCUAGCGCAUUACUCUGAAGAGCUAAGCUAAAAGGGAGGGAGACUUAUUAAUUGCCUAUAAAAGGUAGUUAAAAUAAAAUAAAAGUAGGAGAUUAGAAGCAUAAGUAUAUAUAAAUAAAAAGUAAAUAAAUAAC